AUGUCCUCAGAAAUGCCAGUGGAGGAGGAGGAGAAAUGGUUUCAGACUCACCUUGUUCUCAAGGAGAUGGAGGCGAGAGCAGUGGAUGAGAGACUUAUGGAAGAUUCUUUCAAGUACCAGGAUAAGAAGCCCAAGAAUGUGCAGGAACACAUCGGUGAGUCUGCUGGAAAAUUACUGCCCGUGUUAGUGACUGUGGGCCUGGGGCUGUGCAGGAGCAGUAUAAAAGCGGGAAAUUCUCCUCACCCUCUCAUCCAGUGCUCUUGGCUCUGUCUCCUCGAGGACAAGGUGAAGCUCUACCAUCCAGACAUGUCCUGCUACAGCCCGUGCCUGCCCUGCCAGCCCUGCGGCCCGACCCCGCUGGCCAACAGCUGCAAUGAGCCCUGUGUCAGGCAGUGCCAGGACUCCAAUGUCUUCAUCCAGCCCUCCCCCGUGGUGGUGACCCUGCCCGGACCCAUCCUCACCUCCUUCCCACAGAACACCGCCGUGGGCUCCUCCACCUCUGCUGCCGUUGGCAGCAUCCUCAGCUCCGAGGGAGUGCCCAUCAACUCCGGGGGCUUUGGCCUCUCUGGCUUGGGCCUCUCUGGCUUGGGCAGCCGCUUCUGUGGCAGGAGGUGCCCCCCCUGCUAA